AUGGCGCAAAGCAAAACCGAACUGAUGGCGGUGCUGGCCGUGAUGAGGAAGUACAACCUGAAGGGCACGGAGGAGCUGCUAAAGAAAGAAGCUGGUUUGGCCGAUAUACCCGAGAAUGUGGCCGGUGAAGCGGAGGUGAACAGUGUGCUGGCGGCGUACAAAAGCGAAGGUGAUCCGGACAUAUACGAAAACUCCUUCAUGGAGUUGCGCAAGUUCGUCGAGGAAUCGCUGGACAUUUACAAACACGAGCUGGCGCUUAUACUGUACCCCGUGCUGGUCCACAUGUACAUCGAGCUGGUGUAUAAUAACCACGAGGUACAAGCGAAGAAGCUAAUUACACAGUUUGGUCCGGAACAGGAGUAUUACUACCAGGAUGAGCUGGCCAAGCUAGCGAUGGUGACGAAGCGGGAUGAGAUGAGCGGAAACGACAUUACGGAUACGUUCAAAUCGAACGCAUUUACCAUUCGUAUAUCCCGAGACACGCUGUCCUUGUUGAAGCGCCAUUUGCACGAGAAGAAAGCCUCAGUUAUACUGAACAUCGUGAACGAGCACAUGUAUUUCGAUUUGUACGAGGGCGUUGCACGGAAUAAGGCUCAGUGUGAUGCAACGAGCGGUGCAAUGACGGGGGAAGCGAAGCGGCAAGAUAAUAAAAUCAAGGUGUACUAUGGACUGCUAAAAGAACCGGACGUACAGACGCUGGUAGCGGCACCGCCAGAAGAGGACGACGAUAUGGAUCCGGAUGCACCGGACAAACCGAAGAAGAAAAAGCCAAAGAAAGAUCCACUGUUUUCGAAAAAAUCCAAAUCCGACCCGAAUGCCCCGCCGCUCGAUCGUAUUCCACUGCCCAAGUUGAAGGAUGUGGACAAGAUGGAAAAAAUCAAAGCGCUUCGGGAAUCGACAAAGCGUGUCAAUCUUGGUCCGGAACUACUGCCCUCGAUUUGUAUGUACACACUGUUGAAUGCGAAUCACACCGUUACAUGCGCUGAUUUCUGCGAAGAUUCGAGCCUCCUGUCGGUGGGGUUCACUGAUUCCUCGAUCAAGGUGUGGUCAAUGACACCGGUGAAGCUGCGAGAAAUGAAGAGUGCCGAACAUUUGAAAGAAAUAGAUCGCGACGCAGAGGAUGUCCUGAUACGCAUGCUGGACGAUCGGAAAGCGGAAACGUGUCGUACGCUGCUCGGACACAGCGGACCGGUUUACCGCACUUCGUUCUCACCAGAUCGGACAAUGCUACUGUCCUGUUCGGAGGAUUGCACUAUACGGCUGUGGUCACUACACACCUGGACGUGCGUUGUCGUGUACAAGGGCCAUCAGUAUCCGGUGUGGGAUGUUCGAUUUUCACCACACGGGCACUACUUCGUGAGCUGUUCGCACGAUCGGACGGCUCGGCUGUGGGCCACGGAUUCCUAUCAACCGUUGCGCGUAUUUGCCGGCCACUUGUCGGACGUGGAUGUUUGCAUUUUUCAUCCGAACAGUAACUACGUAGCGACCGGUUCAAGCGAUCGUACCGUACGCUUGUGGGAUGUGUGCGUAGGCAAUCAUCAUCGGUUGCUGACGGGACAUAAGGCACCGAUCUACUCGCUAGCAUUUUCAAUGUGCGGACGAUAUCUUGCAUCCGGGUCGGCCGAUAAUCGCGUGCUGAUUUGGGAUCUUGCCCACGGCCAUUUGAUUGCGGCACUGACCGGGCAUACGGCUGCCAUUCACUCGAUGUGCUUUAGCCGCGAUGGAACGAUUCUGGGCACGGGUGGUCUCGAUUGUGCACUGAAGCUGUGGGAUUUUACCAAGCUGGUAGACGACAUUAGCGGCGAGAACGUAAACGUAUCGCACAAUCCCGAUGUGCGUGAUGGAGAACCGUAUCUGUUGCGCACAUUCCCGACCAAACAAUCACCCUUCCUGACGUUGCAUUUUACGCGCCGAAACUUACUGCUUGGCGUCGGCAUGUACGACCACGGCGUAUAA